AUGGUUUAUCCGAUCCGAAUUCUUAAAAGAGGUGAAAAGUUGAAGUCGGAGGAUAAGCCGAAAUCGAUUUUCGAGAUUGUCGAAUCUUCUAAGUCUCACAAGACUUCAAAGUUUUACCCCAAAGCAAAAGUUUUUGAAAAUCAAUCGUGGAUCGUGAAAUCUAAACCGACAGUUGAAAUCAAGAAAAUGGAAAGUGUUUUGAAAAAUGAGUCAAAUCUUGUUAAGGAUGAUGUUGUUGAGUUUGAGACUGAGCUUGAUAAGUUUUUGUCAGAAUUUCCCACAAUUAACAACAAAAUAAAACAAGAUGUCAAAGAAAAAGCUUCAAAUGGGCUGCCCAAGUCUGUUCUUUCGAGGUGGAUAAUGGACAGUGGAGCAUCACGCCACAUGACUGGGUCAUUAGCUCUCUUGUAUGAUGUCAAGGCUAUAAAUGGAAGCUACGUGGGGUUUGCUGGAAACCAAGGUGGCAGAAUUGUCGGCCAGGGAAAGCUUACCAACGGCAUGAUAUCUUUUGACAAAGUGAACUACAUUGUAGAGUUGACAAACAAUUUUUUAAGCAUAUCAUAA